AUGGCUGACCGAGAAUCAGAGAAUGCACCAAAAUCGAAGGUUGGGACAUUUUUGCUUUCGUUUUUAUUCGAGAACUACAGGCCUCGAUCCCUUCAACGACUUAUCAAACUCAAGAGUGCAUUUUGUAUGGAUCCGUUUUUUCUGAGUUUCUGCCGGUUGGUAGUUAAAAUUUAUGUGCAAUUGAAUUGGAUUGGUUUUUGAGGACCUCGAAAGGCGUUUGGCGGGAUUAUGUGAUCCAGGAAACGAAGAAUACAACGAACACGAAAUGUCCUUCAGUUUGAGGACAGGAAACCCGACGCCAGACGUGACUAUAAGGUGGGAUUUGUAAGAGAAAUAUUUAGAUUUGAGGGGAAUUUUGGUUUUAAAUUUUUUUUUUUAGUUUUUCCAAGGCAUUAUUCUGAGUUACGAAUGAAAAAUUCUUUAUAUUUCAAACUGCAAAUGUUCACUUUUUUCAUAUUGCUAGAGAACUUCCGGAGAAUUUAAAUAUUUACUUUUCAAUAUAUUCAUUUCUUUAGGUGUCCUUCUAAAAAGUAAACUAUCUUUCUUCCUUUUUCGGCUUUUUUUUAAAAUUUAAUUAGCGAGAUCAAAUUUAUUUUUAAUUUUUAAGGUUACGACGUCGGUUUCGCUCCGACGCUUACCACAACAACCAGUGGCUUUUAAGAUAUAUUGGAGGUUUUUUUUAAAGGGAAUUUCUUCGAUUUUUUAAAUUUUAGUUCCUGAACCGGAUGAAAAAUGCCCGGUUAUUGUCCGGAAAGUGAUCGAUUCGGUGUGCUAUUCGCAUGAUAUGAUGGUUUUCGCGAAGACUUUGGGUGUGUUUUUGAGAUAUUUCGCACUAAAAUGGAUAAUUUGUUGUAAUUUAAACGUAUAGUCUCGUCAAAAUUUCCCUGAUGAAAUGCUGAAAAGGGAUUAAGUGUUUUUAAAGUCUCGAGGUUCUCCGAAAAAAAGUUUGCACAAUAAAAAAGAUUACGUGAAAUAAAAAAAUUUCGCAUCAGUCAAAUAUUCUCAAAGUCUGAAUAUUUAUGACAAAAAGAAAUUUUUUUUAUGACGGAAAGAAAUUUUGAAGGAUUCGAAAUAAGUUGAUUGAUAUAUUUCAGGCCUUCGAAUGGACUAUGAGUACAUCACGAAGGGAAGCGUCUGGACCAACGGGAAAAUCAAAAUUGUCACGAGUCAUUUGCAACGCUCCGAAAGGGUUAGGAAUACGUUUAAUUUGAAAAAAAAAACGGAAAUCUGCGUUCCGCAAAAAUUAAUUUAGUUCCGCAUUCCGCAGAAAUCAAAUUCAUUCCGCGUUUUUCGAUUCUACUGCAAUGCAAGAAAAAAAUUGCAUUCAAAAUAGCAUUACCCGUUAAAAAAAACCGUUCCUUUAGCGCUAGAGCGCACAAGCCGCCCACCCGGAAAUUGCUCAUACUAUAAAAAAAAAAUCAAUGUCCGUAUUUAAUUUUGUUUAUUUUUUUUAAUCUGCUUUCGUGAUUCUUACCUUUUCUUUCUGUUUUUUUUUAGCUCAUCUUCAUAUGAUUCGUUCGGAAAUGUUCGGGAAUGCUUUCAGAAUGUCUCGUAAAAGAGGACAUUAUGACAAAUUUUUUACGAAGAUCAACGAUAAUGAAGGGAAAUGCGUCGAGUGCGAGACUGUGGUUCCCUGGUCUCGAUCAGGCUUGUGCGAGGGCCGGCCCGUCACCCUCCCGGCCCCCGACCAUUUCGUAAGCCCGGCCCGGCCUUAGAGGGGCCUCAAGAAAAAAUUGCCCGCCUGGCUCGAAGCGCGCAAUUUUUUUCUAGUCGGAUAUCAAGUUUUUUUACGACACAAAUUAUGUUUUUGCUCAUUUUUUCACUUAAAGUUUAAAGACGCCGCUAUUUAGUAACCAGGGACUUUGCCUCAACUACAGUACACCUGUGCGGUUGAGCACUUUUGCCUCAUAUUCCACAUUUUUUACACCCAAUUUUUUCUCCUUUGUGUUUUUUUGAUGGUACCAUGGUAUGAAAAAAAAAAAAGCCAGCGAAAUUUCAAAAGGCGACUUUUCCGAUUUUUUCGUAUCGCUAGGGAACUUUCCGACGGCCACCUUUCCGCCGAAUCCUUUUCCGACUUUUUUUCCUUAUAUUUUUCGGUUUAUAAGACAUCUAUUUAAAUUUUUUCCUAUUUAUUUGUGUUUUAAUCAUGAACAACUUGCCUACUUUAUAUAGGAAGAUUGAAAACGAAGAGUUUAUCGAGAAAAAAAGUCGGGAAAAAAAUUUGAACUUGCCCGAAGAUUUCCGAGAGCAUUUUUUUAGUUCCUACUAAAAAAACAUGAAUAUUGCAAAAAACUAUCAGUGAAUUGUUAAAUAUAUUAAUUAAUAUAUUUAACAUUAAAAAAAUUAAAAACACAAAGGAGAAAAAAAUUGGGUGUAAAAAAACGUGGAAUAUGAGGGCAAAAGUGCUCAACCGCACAGGUGUACUGUAGUUGAGGCAAAGUCCCUGGUUACUAAAUAGCGGCGUCUAAAGUAGAAAGUUUAACAAAACCGAUGAUCUCAGAAGUAAAAGUCAAAUUUCGGCGAAAAUUAUUCAAAUGAAGUUUUAAAUUUUUUUUUUGACGCCGGGCCCGGCCCGAGCCCACGCGGGUUUUUUCCUGGAAAAAAAAGCCCAAAGCCCGGGUCAAGCCGGCCUGGGCCAGGCCGCCCGGCCUGACGCACAAGCCUGGUCCCGAUCUAACUAAUUCUGCGUUCCGCGCUUUUUAGCGUUUCGUAUUCCGCAGUGAAAAAUUUCGUUCCGCAUUCCGCAUUCUCAAUUUUUACUUCCGUGCAUCUCUGUUCGGAAUAAACUGAAAACCUUUCGAUUCAAGCUUUUCAUGAAAUCUUCUUGCACCUCUCAAUUCUUCAGGGUUAGCCCUCUCCCAAUAAUUGUUUUUCUUCUGCUCAACCUUUAUUUGAUCCUUUUUCCAUUCUGAUCUUUAAAAAUAUGUGAAAAAAAAAAUUAUUUAAAUAGUCGGAAUUUUCGGACUCCGCUUGAAAUUUCUCUGAAGCUUCAAUUUAUUCAUUUCAGCCGGGCCAUUAUGAUUCGACGAUGAUCAGGAAGCUUUCCGAUUCCGUUUUGGUCGAAAUGAGCAUUUCGUUGCCCGAAUCGGCUGAAUACACUCAGGUUUCGUUUUUUUUGUUUUUUUCUAGGAAGAUAAAGUGAAAGAUUUUUUUAGUUUCUGCAGAAUUUCCGGAUGUAGCGAUUUUUUUCGGAAAAAUUCACACGGAAUGAAAAAAACCCCUCAUUUUUUUAUAUGAAAUUGCUCUCUUUUUCAGAGAUCAGCAAAUUAAGUACUUAAAAUUCUGAAAAAAAUACUAAGAAAAACUUAAGGAAUGAGGGGCUAGAAAGCCGUUAGAGAGUUUUUUUGGCAACUUGAAAAAAGAUUUUUUUGUAGUUUUCCAAAAAAAAAUUUUUGAGAAUGAUUUAGUAGAAAUUUAAUAAUUUUUCAAGUGUUUCAACCUGAUUUAAAUUAAAUUUGCGAUUUCAGGAAGCGAAACGGCUUCGCGAUUUCGCCGAUCAGUUUGUCCCCCUCGUCGAAAUGCAAAAAAUCGACUAUUGGCGCAAAUAAUUCAAUCAAUUUCCCCUUCAUUUUGAUCUCUGAACUUGUUAUGUCGAUAAAUUUCCUUAUUUUCCAAUUAUUUUAUUUUGAAAAAGAUGUCACGUUACGUCCAUUAUACUUUGUUUGUUGUAUUGUUCAGAUUUUAAAUGUCAAGCAGUUAACUCCGCCCCCAAGGGUACAGUAUCUUUCGCGUUGAACUUUCAUCUCGAUGAUCCUUUAAAAAAUGUUGCUUCCUGGGAAAAUUUUUAAUGGCCACUAUAGAGGCUCGCCAGAACUACUUGGAGAGCACUAAAGUGGCCACUAUUUUCCGUUUUAGUGGCCACUUCCGUAAUUUUCUCAUCCAAUAUUCCUUCCAGUAACUCUGAUAAUUUCAAAAAAAAAAUAGAUUGGACCAGUUUGUUGAUCCAUUGUCUCCUAAAGUGGCCACUAAAAUUUUCAGUGGUUUAGUAGUAGCACUUAGACCUCUAUAGUGGCCACUAAUUUCUAACCCCUUAAGUGGUCACUAACUUGAAUACUAUAGUGGCCACUAAAAAUUUUCCCGCUCGUAUUCAUCGUAUCAGUGAGGGCGAAGUUAGCUGCUCGGCUUUCAAAAUCCGAACAGACUAUAGUUCUAAUUUCGGUUUCAGAUGUGCCGAGGAAAUAAGAAGGAAGACAAUGCUGCAGAAAAAGGACCCGAAGAGAAUGAGAAAGGUGAGAUUUUUUUGUUGAAACUUUUGCUGCCCUUUUCUAAAGGAGCACACGUCUUCUAUGUCUCAAAAAAUAUUUUCUUUGUCUUUUUUCCCUUUUUUUUCAUGACUUUUUUGAGAAGGUCCUGGUUUUUGGGGAAAAUGUUGGACUGGGAAAAGGAGGGGCUGCAGAACUCGCAAAAAUUGACAAAACUUUGUAUUUUGCGCGAAACGGUCACGUAUGUUUUGAAAUAGUAGAAAAAAGCUACCUUUAGCACGGAUUUCUUUUUUCCUCGAUUUCGCUUCAAGACGCUUCGGUAAAAAGGACAAAACGCAAAUUUCAGAGCGAAAUAUACGGUAGAACGAUUUUCGGCAGGAAAAAAAGUGAAAUGUUCUCAAGUUACUUUUUCCAAAUUUGUUUUGGAGAAUGUUUGGUUCGUUUUUUUCCAAAAAAAAAAUUAUUUUCGAAAAAAGUUUCGCUUCAAUACGGUCAAUAGUUUCAAACUGAAAUUUUUUUGCUAAUUUUUUUCUCCGAACUUCUAUCAUAUAUAGUCUGUUCAGAUUUUGAAUGUCAAGGCAUGGCUCAAGCUCCGCCCAUAAUGGUGCAAUAAACCAAUCAGAGAGCGAGCCACCCACAGAGUGUUUUUGAAUGACGUCAUUGCCCUUGACAUUAAAAAUCUGAACAGACUAUACCUACAUUUUUUUUUUCGCGCGUUCGCUACGAGACGCCCUAAAAAAUGGCUAAAAAUAUGACAAAAAAUAGGUCUCAGAAAGAGCUUUGGGCCUAUUUUUUUUAAAAAAAAAAACCUGCAUGGGCUAAGGCCUGGCCGGGCUCAAAAAAAUUGAAAUUUUGUUGCAAAAAAAUUGUCAGCGAAAAUUUUUUUUACUUUUAAAAAUCAUAGUUUUUGUUGAACUCUAAAUGCGAAAACGUGAUUUUUGUCGUUAAAAACUUGAUAUUCGACUAGAAAUAAAAUUGCGCUUUUUGGGCCAGGCCGGACCGGGCUUAAAAAGUAACCGGAAGGGCCGAGAGGCUGAAGGGCCGGCCCUCGCACAAACCUGUUCUUAAAGAAAAAAUUUUUAAUUUUUUAUUCGAUAUGGGUUUUGCAAAUAUCCAAUUUUGUCAAUAUUUUCGAGUUACCUUUUUUUUCAAGAUUUAGAAAUAGCUUUUUUUUUUCAUCUCUAGUAAAUUUCUCCUCUCAGAAAAUAGAAAAAAGAAGACGGCGAGAAUUGCGAUUUUGGGAUGCGGGCACGGGUUUAUGGAUGCUGCUUAUUCACUCCUAGCGGAUCUCGAAAGGAAAAGAAAAAUUAAAUUCGAUCUCCUAAUGUGCUGUGGAGACUUUCAGGUUCUUUCUAUAAUUUUCAUUUUAUUUAUUUAUUUUGGUUUCCAAUUGCUUAUAUACAAAAAAAUUGCGAAAAAAAUAGCGAAGUUUCCAGUGUAAUCACUACGGGAAACGUUUUAAAUGAACUUUGAAGAUUUUUUUCGCGGAAUAAAAAAACUGUUUCAAAAAGUGUUUUUUUGUAAAUAGAUCGUUUUUAGUCGAAAAAAAGACGUCAAAAAUUUGAGCUUAUAAAUGGUUAAAAAGCCAAAAAAAUGCUUUUUUUGUUUUUAAGAAAAAAAUAAGCUUUUUAGAAACAUUUUGAGUCUUUUUUCAAAAAAAAUUACAAGGUCGAUUGGACAUUCUAUUUGAUAAUGCAAAAGAAUCACUGCAUCAAUGAAUAAACUCAAUGUUCUUUUUUUUUUCUCUUCAAGUUUUAUCCGAAUGUUUCUCUAGUCUGCACGGCACCAUGGAGAUCGGUUGUCCAUGCACGUGAAUCCGCGAAAAGAUAGAGGCCUUCAGGACUUCUAUCAAUACUAUUCGGGAGAGAAGGUUCUUCUUUGCAUCGGGGUCUCAUACCUGACGGAUUUGUGGAAAUUUCAGCCUCAUUUCUUCCAUCAAAAGGAAAAUAAAAAAGAAAAAAUCCUCAUAUUGAAUUAUCCAUUCUUGCUUGUUUUUCAUUUCCAAAUCUGAAUUUUUCAAAAUCUGUUGUUAUAGCACCUCAUUUCCUCCGAGUUUCUAAAAUAAGGUAUUUUGUUGUAGGUCGCCCCCAUCUUAACUGUUUUCGUUGGGGGCAACCACGAAGCCUCAGCUUUUUUGGCGGAAAUUCCCAACGGAGGAUUCGUGGCCCCGAACAUCUACUUCUUGGGCCAUGCGGGUGUUGUCAGGUGAGAAAAAAACAUCUUCUACAGAAAAAAAUUCUAGAACGGCACUUUUUCAAUUUUUUUUUUUCAAAUUUAGGCUUUAUCUGAAGUUUUUAAUAGGUAAUAAACUAGAAUUUGAGUAAAAGCUUGUAGAAAAAUUUUAAUUUUAAUUUAAUUUUUCCUAACACCUUUUCAGGAUUUGCCUGAGUCAGAAGUGUCUGCCCAUGUAUUGAAGGCAGGACAGGAUAAAAUUCAAAAAUAAAACAGAUUUUUUGCGGUCUAGUUCUUUAAACUGUUAAGAUUCGCUGGAAUACGGAUCGGGGGCCUUUCUGGCAUUUACCAAGAGAAGCAGUACUACCGAGGCCGCUACGAGCAGCCGCCAUUCCAGGAUCAUCAAGUUGUCUCGGUCUACAAUGUCCGGUGGCUGGACGUCUGGAGGCUCAAUCAGCUCCGCCCCGCCGACGACGACAAAUCAUCGGUUUAUCACGAAACUUCAGAGGCUGUUAUUAGAUUAAGCGCGCCUUCAAAUUAUUAGUAAAAUAGUGUGCAAAACGAGAAGGUUCAGACGUCAAAUCGAAAAGGAUAAACUAUAAAAAUGGAGGACCAAAUUUUGUAAAAUAUUAUCUUCUCAAGAUUUAAGGUUAAUAGAAGUUUUCAAAUUGUAAGUUCUUUAGUUAUAGUUGAUUCACGGGUGACUUGAGCCCUCAUAAAGGGUCCUGGCACGAUGAAAAAAGAGUCUUGGAGGAGAGGGCAGACAUGCCACGCCCCCUGAAGUCCCAAGCUAUCCGUGAAUCGGCUAUAGACGUGUUGUCAAUUGCGUUACUGAAAUUUUUUCGGAAAAAUAUUCGUAAUAUCGAGAAAAAUGUUCCAGAAUCCUCUUGAUAUCAUGUUGACGCAUGAUUGGCCGGCUGGAAUCACGAAUUAUGGCGAUGUCAAGGAACUUAUCAAGAUGAGACCCGACUUCAAGUAAGAUUUUCCAAUUAAAAGAUUAUUUCUACGUAACGGGAGAUUUUUUAGACCUUGAUUAUAUUUUUCAUGGUUAAAGUCCACUCUGACUUCAGAAAAAGAACAAACAUUAUAGAUCUUUUUUCGAUUUAUGAAGCUUCAAAUUUCGCAAAUUACCCAAAUUUUGACCAAAAAGCGAUAUUUGAAGCUUUUGAAGUGUUCCAACUUGAAAAACUAAUGCGAGAAAUUUUUCUUUUUUUUUACGAAAAUCAGAAUGAGCCAAGUUUCAUGAAAUUCGGAAAAAAAAAGCUGAGGAAAUUUCCCUUAUCAGACUAUUUUAAGGCGCGACAUAGAUCGAGGACGACUGGGGAAUACAAAAACUAUGGAAUUGUUGUUGGUUAGUAAACUUUUUGUAGAAUGAGCAGAAAACUAUGUGAUUUAGACUCGAAAGAAAACUUUUGAAAGCUAUUUUCCACUCUUAGCAAAAAAAAACCUGCAACAGGCUUGAAAAUUGCCUGAAAAUGACAAAAGUAUAACUAAAAACUUGUUUUCUUUUUCUGAGAUUUUGGUGCAAAUUGUUGAAAAGAGGGACAUUUUUCAGAACAUUCGUCCUCGUUAUUGGUUCUCGGCUCACAUGCACGUCAAUUUCGUUGCUACGGUUCCCCAUAAGGUGAAUUUAAAAUCCUCCGAGAGUUUUGAAAAAGCAGAAGGCGCCCCGGGGGGACCCGCGAUUUGAAGCAGUCGUCCGAAACGUAAAAUCAAAACUGAGUAAACAAGUUGAUAAAGGGUGAAGAAGUAGGAAAAAAUCGCGGGUCGGGUCUCCCUAGGGCGCAUGGUUAGUCCCGGGGCGACCCGUCUCUUCAGCAGCUCCGAGAAAAUCUAUUUAUUAAAGGCGUAUCUGGGACAACUAUUUCUCAGAAGUUUAUAUAAGCUCACAAAAAAAAAAACUAAACGUUGUAGGAAUCAGAGCUGCUGACCAGGCCGGGGCGACCCGCAAAGCGGUCACACUGUUAGAAGAUUUCUCCAAUGUUAUCCAGUGAUAUAAAUGAAUUUUCAUUUUCUUCGACCAUUAUACUCCUUUUAUUAGUCGUUACUAUGCGGAUUUUUUUCACUUAAACUUUAUUUUAACUUUUCUAACCAGCGGGGCGGGGCGCCCCAUAGCAGCACUGGUAGGAAUUUCCAUCAAAAUCCCAAAAAUUUACUUGAAACUGUACAAGAUUUGAAUAAACCGUUCGACACAAAAUAAAAAUCUCUAAAAAAAAAGGCGUUGAUAUUCAAAAUUUUUCAUUGCCCUUAUGCCUUUGAGAUCAUUUAGUAAGAGUUAAUUUGCUCAAAACAUUAAAUUUUUCGGGAAGUAAAGAAUCAUGUUCAUUGACUGUAUUGAAGACCGCUGCUGGCAAGAAUCCUCAGUUCGACGGAGCAAAUGCGCCCCAGCCGACCAAGUUUGAAGCUCUCGCAUCUUUGGAUAAGCCACUUCUCCCACAGAAAGCAAUUCAUGUUUUUGGCUCUUUUGACCUCAAAAAUUAUAAUGAUCAUGUCUCAAAGGUUCUCGAGUUGGAUGUUGAAGAUGAUGCAGAUUUUUCGCUCUCCUACGAUCCAGAAUGGCUUGCCAUCUUGAAAAGCACGGACGUUUUCAUGUCCACUUCCAGAAAGGUUAGAGCCGUAUAGCGGUUAAAAAAAAGACGCAAUAGGUCACAAAAUGGUUCCUGUAGGAGUAGAAUUCACGUGACCUCUAUAGGGUUUUAAGUGAAGCUUAAGCGGUCGCUAAGGGUUCUUCAAUCCAAUAACGUUAAUUUAAUAAUUUUUCACAUGGAAAUGUUCCUCCUCAUGAAGUUCAUAACAAAAAUCGACUAGCAUACACCUUCCAGGUAGCUGAAGACUAUGUAGGAACCACUCUGAAGCCUCUGGGUUCUCUUGGAUCAUACGUUGGCUGCGAGAACUGAUAUCAGUCCUCCGAGCGGUCUAGAUGACUUUAGAAACCGCUUCAAAUUCAGAAAAGUUUUUCCCAAUGAGCUUUUUGAACCUUUCGCGUUACAAAUAUAUUGUAUUUAUCCUAGUCCGAAGCAGUCUAAAAUACAAAAACCGUUACAGUUUCGAAAUUGAACAAUAAUUUUUUUUCACUUGCAAAAAUCGGUUUGAUUUUAUCCGUUAAAACUCUAUGUGAGGUAAGUUUUAAAAACCAGAAAAAUAAAAUUUAUAAAAAAAUGUUUUUUUAGCUUGCGAAAAAAACGUUUGCUCUUUUUAUAAAAAUGAUCAAAAAGUUGGUCAGAUUUUUGAUCGUUUAUAAUAAAUAACAACUAACAAAAAAGUAUCCCGAAAAUUUAUUAUUCUGCUCAUCACAACUUUUCAAUAACGAUUUACAAGUUAGCUAUUGAAAAAUCUUCUUGGAUGUUUUUUCUUUAGAACAUCUACAUUCGUCCUCCCUCUCCGAAUUCCAACAAAAGACGCAAUUUUCGGCCGACGACCGAGGAAUUGGCGGCGAUUCGAGCCCUUGGAAAUCUCCGAAUUUCGCCCGAAGCGUUCAAAAAGACGGCUCCGCCUCUUUUGACUCGGAAUGAACCGGCGAAUCGCCACCCUUGGCCCAUUUUGAUCUACAGGUAGCGAGGCUAUUGCUCAUCUUACGAGAGAACUGCAAUAUAUCUCGGAGGGAAACGAAAGUCGUGACAAGCUUGCGCGGAAUAGCCUAUAAAUAAUUUUGUACGAAUAAAAAAAAACGACUCGCUUGCCCUUCUCAGGCAGUGAUUUCCUUUUUUGCAGGAAUCCCCAAUCGGAAAACUUCUGCCGCUGGCUGGGCAUCAAAGACCUCAACAAGAUGCACAUCGACUCCAAUCCGCGAAAAGUCGGUACACCGUAUUACGUUAGCCCGAUAAAUUGCCUCAUCGAAGCGGGUUUUCGUUUUAUUUAUUAUUGUUGCCCGGAUCACCCAGGAGAAUUCGUCAAUUAUAAAAACUUCGCCCAACGUCCCUAAAAGAGUUUUUGUUCUCAGACUUUGUAUUUCAAUGUAUAUCGACUCACGUUUCUUUGAAUUCGGUUUUCCCGCCAAAGUCCUCUCCGCGAAGCCAUUCUUUCAAUUAAUUUCCACUCCGGGUUUCGAAAUCAACUAGCGAAAAUUGGUGAACGAACUUUUGGUUUUUAAAAUGAGUCAAGGUGAAAUUCGACUCUUAAAUGUGGAAUUUUUCAAGAGAAAUACUUUUGAAAGAGAAGAUUUUUUUUUCAUCGCAGAAAAGUUGAGAAUAGUGAAGCUAUAUGUAUUUGGAAGCUAAAAAUCAAAAAAAGUUAUUUAACUUGUUCAAAAAAUAGCGUUUCGGGAGGCGGAAGAAACUGUUAUUUUUGGAUUUUUUGGAAUGAGGAUAGGAAAUAAGUUUUUUCGAUUUUUGUCUCUCAAGUACUUCUAGAUUCACUAUCUUCAACUUUCCCUCGAAAACAAGAUCUGCUACGAAUAAUUUUAUUUGUAUUCCUGAAUGGGAAGGUCUUAUUUUACACUACAGCGAUUUUAAUUUUCCUUAGCCAGCCACCUAAAAUAAUUCCCUCGUGAAUUAUGUACAAAAAAAACCAAUAUAUGACUUGCCAAUCUUCGCUAGUUUAUAUUCUGAUCGAAUGAAAUCAAGAUUUCCGAACUACAAUGCUUCUUUUUCUCUCUUAUUACCCUGAUCUCAAAGAAAUGUUUUAUCCCGGUAUUUUUCAGUCCAAAUUUCUCAUUUUGCUCACUUUUUCCCAUUCAUGCAUUCAAAAUGUAUGUAAACAGGGCUACACGUUUUAGUUGAACCUUGCUCAUUUUGUUGACUUUCCGCCUUGAUCUCACAAGAAUACUCUGUCAUUUUUUUUGCUCACUUAUUGCCUUGAUCUCAAAGAAAUGUUUUAUUCAGGUAUUUUUCAGUUCAAAUUUCUCAUUUUUCCCCAUUCGUGCAUUCAAAAUGUAUGGGCUACACGUUUCAGUUGAAUCUUGCUCAUUUUCUUGACUUUCCGCCUUGAUCUCACAAAAACCAUACUUUUUUUUAUCUCACGAAGUUUAUGUACAAAAUGUAAAUAAAGUUUUUUUCUUUUUUUCAAUCAUCUUUGUGAAGGGAAAAAUGGUCAAUUUCAUUAAACAUAUUUUAUGUUUUUUUUUCUUGAAUUAUUCAUUUUUAUUUCCGUUUUCAAAGAUGUCAGAAUCAGAACCCGUUCCGGAAGAAAAAAAUGCUGUGGAAGUGAACAAGUUGCCACGGAAAAUGAACCUCCGGCGCCGGUUAUUGGUAAAUUUGAAUCAAAAAAAGAUGUAUGAAAUAUUGGACAACGGAAAGUUUUCUGGUCUUUUUUUAUGACUUAGGUUUUUCCAAGGGAAAGAAUCAAAAUGAAUAUCGUUUAUUAAAAAAACAUAUUCAAAUAUUCAAAUAUUAUGCGUUCAUGAAGUUCUUUUCAGAUCAAAAAAUGAAGUCAGAAAUUUUUCAAGCAAUUUUUGCACUAUCUUCUCAAUUUUUUAUUGAAAAAGUGUUCAAAAAUCACCACUUUUGAGAGUCUGUUGAAUUUUUUUUUGGAAUAUUGUAAUCUCGACUUUUAAUUUUUUUUUUUCCAAAAAAAGUUUAUUUUCAUUCUUCCUACACAUUUUAACACUUCAAAAAAAUAGGUGAUUUGACUUUUUUUCCAGUGCCUUUUUUUCAAGAAUUUAAUUUUUUUCCUCCAUCUUCCACAUUCUAAUUGCUUAAUGGCAGAAAAAUAAGCUCGAGAAAGAUUUUUUUAAUUUUUUUCAAUACUCAAAAAUCUUCAAAAGGGGGAGUCUUCAAAAAAAGCCAAAAAUAGGUCGCUAGAAGCUUUUUUUGAAGGUUUUUUUAAAAAUCUGAAACCGUUUUUUUAACUAUCGAUGCAGCCGCCAGGAGUUUAUGGCUGAUUCACGGGUGGUUGGAGUCAUCGAAAAAUGGGUCUUGACACGAUAAAAAAAGAUGGUGUCUGGUUGGAGGAGAGGGCAGACAGGGCCAAGCUAGCAGUUAUUUGGCUUUACCUUCUCAAAAAUCUCCCUUUUUGGGACCUUUUCCAUUUUGGAUUUUUCAAGAAGGAGAAUCCCGAAGAAAGGCACGAAUCGCCGUGGCGGGCUGUGCCCACGGAGAACUCGACAAGAUUUACGAUGUCCUGGCGGAAAUCGAAAAAGAGCGCGGCUUCAAGUUUGAUCUUCUCAUCUGUUGCGGCGAUUUUCAGGUCCUUCAAAUUUAGAUUUUUCAUUUUUUUUUUCCUGUAUUUUUAAAUAUACUGGGAAAAUUUUUAGUGACCACUAUAGAGGCUCGCCAAGGACUACUUGAAGAGGACACUAAAGUGUCCACUAAACCCACCUCUAUAGUGGCCACUUGAGUAGUUUUUCAUCCAGUAUUCCUUCCAGUAACUCUGAUAAUUUUCUUAGACCUCUAUAGUGGCCACUAAUUUUUAAUCCCUCAAGAGGCCACUAAUUUUACUGCUAUAUUGGCCCCUAAAACGUCAGAACCCUAAAGUGACCAUUAACAAUUUUACUAGCAGUUUUUAUUUCAAAAGCUUGAAAAAGAGGGUAAUUUACAGUUCAAAGACAGAAAAAUUAUUUUUUUAACUCUAGGAGGGGUUUUUUUUUUUGUAAAAUAAGGCCUUCAAAGUACCUUUAUGGUGGUUUUUCGUAUGUUUCAAAGCGAAUAGAAUCAAAAUUUUUCUCGAAAUUUAAAUGGAAGUUUUUUCCAGUCGGUCCGAAACUAUGGAGACCUCCAUCACAUGCAUGUCAAUCAAAAGUACCGAAAUCUCCAGACUUUCUACAAAUAUUAUUCCGGGGAAAAGGUUGGUUUCAGGCUUUUUUUUCGUAAUUCAAGUUUCCAGCGUUGAAAUUGAUUUGGUUUGGAUAAAUUUAAAAUUUUGCUUUGUUGAAUUUCAAGUUCUUUUUUUCUCACUUCCCAAAUCUAUGGUCAAGCUCCAUUUUUUUCGCUUUGUUAUAUUAUUGUUUUAUCCGCAUAGCUACUUUAGUCGUCAAAAUCUAAUUUUUCAAAUUUCAUUAUUUGGUUAAAAAAUUGAACUUUGGGUGAAAGUUUCAGAAAUUUCAAGUCAAUAUUUUUCAAUAUUCAAAAAUUUUAUUUGAAAAAGUUCUCGUCAAAGUUCGAUAUUUGAUAGUUUUGUUUAUAGUCUGAUCAGAUUUUAUUUCAAGCUCUGCCCAUAAAGACGCAAUGAACCAAUCAGAGAGCGAGCCAUUCAUUGAGCGUUCUUAGAUGACGUCAUUGUACUUGACAUUAAAAAUAGAAACCGCGUAUAAAAAAUAUUUUUUGAAGCCCACUACUUAAAAAAUGAUUUUUUAAAAAUGAAGGUUGAUUCAGUUGAAAAAAUUGGUAAUAAUACUUUCAAUUUUGAAACUAUUUGUUAACGAAAAAGGUAUAAUAUCAAAAAAAAAUUGUCCUUUCUGUAGGAAACGCCCGUUCUUACGAUGUUCGUUGGCGGAAACCACGAAGCGUCCGGGUACUUGGCCGAACUUCCCAACGGAGGCUGGGUCGCGCCGAAAAUCUACUUUAUGGGAUUUGCCAGUGUUGUGAGGUUGAAAUCAUUCAAAAUUAUGUAUCUAACUCAUUUUUCUUGAAACUCGAGUAAUUUCGAAAAAAAUCUCAUCCGCCAGAGAAAAUUACCUUCAUUCCGAGUUUUGAGAAGCUUUGAUAAGUUUCAUCGGUAUUUCGUCCAAAUUUUAAUCUUGCUUCGGAAAUUUCAAAGUCAAACUGUUGAUUUUUGAUCAGAUCUAGUUGGCUAUAAUUAUCAAAAAUGUUUCAAAUUUUAUAAUGUCUAAUUUUUUUGGAUUUUUUUGGUUAUGGUUAAAAAAAUCGCUGAUAAUAAGAAUACUGGGAAGGAAACAUUUUGGAAAAAUCAUUGAUAAAAUUUUCAACGAUGUAAAUUUUUGGUUCGAUCAUUUCACUGACUUAAUCGAAUUUUUUAAGAUUCGCGGGUCUGCGAAUCGGCGGCUUGUCUGGGAUCUAUAACCAACGGGAGUACCUCCGUGGCCAUUAUGAACGUCCUCCUUUCGAGAACUUCGAAGUGACUUCCAUCUAUCAUGUCCGGAAUCUGGACGUCUGGAGGCUCAAGCAGCUCCGAUCUGCCGACGACGAUAAAUUAUCGGUCGGUUUCAGAAAAAAAUAUAAAGAAAAAUUGUAGAAAUUAUCGAUGAUGGAUUGCUUGGUGGCUUAAUUUAAUGAUUUUUUUGUUUUCUGUUUUUUUCGUUUUUCCAAAAAAAUAGUUUCAAAUAUGCUCGUCGUCUUUUAAGAAAAAAAGGUUCACUCAAAAAAAUUUUUGAAGGGAAAAAAAGUUUUUUUCAUUGGCUCCGGGGAAAGGUUACCGGAUGUAAACUUGAGUUCUGAUCUCGAUUUUUAAUAAUUUCUAGCCGAAAAAAAUGAACAAAGGCGAAAAAAAGUUUUGAGAAUAAUACUUUUUUUGAAACAAGACGCUGGGCUCAAUUUUUGACUUUUCCACUUUUCAAUGGCUUUUUUUGAAAAGUUAGUGUACCUUUUUUUCGAUAAUUUACCGGAAAAAUAGUUGACUCUUCUCCAAAAAUUUUAUCAUUUUAAACAAAAAUUUCCCAAGAUCUGGUCUUUCCAGUGCAAAAAUUCCCGAAAAAAAGACAAUAUACUUUCGCCCAAUGUUUCUCGUUUUUUCUAUCUAUUUGUACGAAAAAAAAAUUUUCGCUUUUUUUUGGGGAAAUUUAGAAUAGAUUUUUUUCCUCAAAAUAAGAAUCUUGUAUUUUUUUGUUUUAUGUUAUCCCACCCCCGAAAAAUUGAGAGUAAAAACAAAAAAAAGUUGUUCCAGAACCCCCUAGACAUCAUGGUGACGCAUGAUUGGCCUUCUGGAAUCACGGAUUUUGGCGACGUUAAGAGACUUCUCAGGGUUAAGCCGUAUUUCGAGUAAGAUUCUCAAACACUUCAUAAAAGUAAUCUGAUUUUCAGAGAAGAUAUAAAACUCGGGAAAUUGGGCAAUCCGGGAACUAUGCAGUUGCUCUAUGUAAGUUUUGAAAGAACUGAAGAAGGCCAGAGUGGUCCCUAGAGGAGUUAGGAAAGUAGUCUCUUAAGUGGACAGAGUAAGGCUCCCUAACGGGCUUAAACUUGGGUGGUCCCUAUAGCGGUCUUUUAAGUUUUUCUUAUAAUUUGAAAUGACGUAUAGGACACUAGCAUGCUCCCCUAGAGUGGCCACUUUUUUGAACUUAAAGGACCUUACAGGGCUAAACUUCAUGUGAUCCCUAUAGCGAUUAAGAGUGUGAACUCUAAAGCUCAAGUGGUCCCUAUAAGGCAUAAAUUUAAGUGGUCCCUACAGUGGUUUUUUUCUGUUAUGGCUUGAAAGACGUAUGACAUAGGAAUGCUCCCCUAGAGUGGCCACUUUUUCGAACUUUAAGGACCUUACAGGGCUAAAAUUCAUGUGUUUUUUAUAGGGGCUCAGAGUCUGAACCCUAAGCCCCCAAAGCUUAAUUAGUCCCUAUAGUGGUCUUCAAGUUUUUCUUAUGAUUUGAAAUGACGUAUAGGACACUAGUGCGCUCCCCUAGAGUGGCCACUUUUUUGAACUUUAAGGACCUUAUAGGGCUAAAAUUUAUGUGAUCCCUAUAGGGGUUGAGAGUCUGAACCUUAAGCCUUGAAUGCUUAAGUGGUCCCUAUAGUGGUCUUUUAAGUUUUUCUUAUGAUUUGAAAGAACGUUUAGGACACAGGAAUGCUCCCCUAGAGUGGCCACUUCUGUGAGCUCAAGUGCCCAUAUUGGGCUAAAUGUGGUCCCUAUAGGGAGUCUGAACCGUAAGCCUUUAAAGUUUAAGUGGCUUCUUUAGUGGCCUUUGAUUUUUUUGUUACGACUUGAAAGACCUAUAGGGACACAAGAAUGCUUUCUUGGGGGGGGGACCAAUUUUUUGAGCUAAAGCCGUCUAUAAGAGGAGCUUGUGCGGUAUUACACAGAGACCUUCAAGAACCCCUAAAGUUGCCACUCUAGGGACCAGUCUGGCGUGUCUAUGGAAAAAAAAGCUGAAUAUUUCAGGACAUCCGCCCUCGUUACUGGCUUUCGGCCCACUUGCACGUCGCUUUCCCGGCCUUGGUGCCCCACAAAGUAAUUUUAUUGGGUUCUAUUAGAGAAAAACGGAAAUUGAACAGAUUCGAGCACUUCCAGCAGGAAAAAAAGGGAAGGUUUUGUAUCAAAUUGUCGAUUUUUCUUAAAAUUUUGGUCUUGGUUUUUUCAAUUUGUAGUAGUUGACUUACGCUAUAAAAUAUCCAGAAUUUGGUAGAGAUAAAAUUUUUUUCACAAUCAGAUCCUCUAGGAAGGCUAUUUCCAAGUGAAAAAUACAAAAAAUGAAUUUUCGAUUUUUUUUUUCCUGUUUUCUGCGUGAUUUUUCUUGAUACCUUUUAGCUUUUUUUGUUUUUUAUUGAUUUUUUGAGAUCACCUAACACAGAUUGGAUCAGAUUUUCUAUGACCAUAUCUGGGAAAUCGAAAAAAAGAUCAAUGAGCAAGUAGAAAGUACAAAAAACUGCUUAAAGGGAAAAAAUUUGUUCGCUGUCAGUAGAAAGGGAUUUUCAAGACUUGCUCCAAGCAGUUCAGAGAAGGAUUGCUCCAUAUAAAGCUAAAUAUUAAGUGUUUCCUAUAGGGGUUCAGUGUCAGAACAGACUUGAAGAUAAUUAAUCAUUUCAGUUUGUCGGAGCAGAUGCGCCCCAACCGACCAGAUUCAUCGCCCUAGAUAAGCCCUUACCUCGACGUCAAUUUGUCCAGGUUUUUGGAUUCUUUGACGUUAAAUUUUACACUUCUAAAGACUCCAAAAAAAUCACCAAUGAGUAUUUUAAGGUCCUCGAGCUGGAUGUCGAAGAAGAUGCAGAUUUUUCCCUGUCUCACGACCCGGAAUGGCUCGCCGUUCUGAAGAGCACCGACUCCUUCACGUCGAUGUCAAAAAAUGUAAUAUUCUUAGGAAUUCCACAGUGGUCCAUAUAGUGGUUAGGGGGAAAACAGCCCCUAUAGAGGCCGAAAAAGGUGCUUUAGUGGCCCCUAUAUGGGUUGGUGAAGCGGUCCCUAGAGAGCGCCCUUAAGGUUGUCCUUAUAGGGACCACUCUGAAGUUUCUAACUUCAUUGGAGCAGAAAAAAAAAGAAAACAUUUUGAAAAAAUGGAAACUUUCUCUUGAAUUAUUGUAUUUUUUUAAUUUUUUGGCGAAGUCGCCGAAAUUUUUCAUUAACGUUUAAAAAUAUUAAAAAAAUUUAUUGGAUAUAUAAAGCCUCGUGGAAAAAUUCUUCUAACUGGUUAGCAGAUCAUUGAGAAACUAUCUAAAAAAAUUAGGAGAUAUCAGAAGAGCUUACCAGUAAGAGAAACCCUUCCAAUCACCCCUUUUGAAAAAAUUUUCCCUGGAAGGGUUUUUUUGAAAUCUUAACUGAAAAUCAAUCAAAAUCCCCUUGGAUUUAUGCAGCAUAAGAAAAUCCGGAAUCACUUGAAUUUUAUGAAAAAAGUUUUUUCUUGAAAAGAAGCUUCAAAUUCCGAGAGAACUGUCCAAAUCACUUGGAAUAUUUCAUCCUUAUCUUUUUAAAAAUAGUUUUUUUUCAUCAUUUUGAAGAUUCGAUCUUUUCUCUUGUGAACUGAGGGCUUUCGGUCACAUCAAAUAUUUUUACGAUUUUUAAAGUAUUCCAUCAAAAUUGCUUCAGCCAGUUUUUAGCGAACUUUUAGCUACCUUGCAAAAAAAAAUUCAUCUUUUCGCUAUUUUUCAUCAGUUCACCUUGUAGAACAUCUACAUGCCUUCCUCCUCUUCAAAUUCCGACGAAAGACACGAUUUCCGGCCGACCGCCGAGGAAUUGGCGGCGAUUCAAGCCCUAGGAGAUCUCACAAUUCUUCCCGAGGCGUUCAAACACACGGCUCCGCCUCUUUUGACUCAGGAUGAGCCGGCGAACCGCGACGCUCCGCCCAGUUUGUUCUACAGGUAGGGGAGGUGUUGCUCAUGUUAUGGCCCUUGAGAAACGGAUUUUUGCUAAACUGUUGCGUAGGCGGCUUUUGUCGUAAGAUGGUGUCAAGGAAAAAAAAAUUUAUUUUUUUUUUUAUUUUUUUCCAAUUGAAAUUUCGUCAUCAUAGAGAAUGGAAGGAUCACAAAAAAGGAAAAAAAUUUGAAACUUAUUUUCCCGCCAAAGCCGCGCCGCGUACGCAACGCGUCACCCUUGCUGAUUUUUUUCUAUAUUCUGUUCAUAUCGUCAGAUUUUGAAAGUCAGUUACAAUGACGUCAUUCAAAAAUACUAUGUAGAUGGCUCGCUCUCUGAUUGGUUUAUCGCGCAAUUAGGGGCGGAGCUUGAGCGACGACUUGACAUUCAGUUUUGAACUAAAUGAAUAAAUUUUGAAGAAACAUGGUCAUUUAGAUUGAAGAACCCACUUAAGUUUUCUUAGCAGCGUUAUAAGAAGCCCUUGAACGUGUCAUAAAUACAGCCUUUUUUCCAGAAAUCCCCAGUCGGAGAAUUUCUGCCGCUGGCUGGGCAUCAAAGACCUCAACAAGAUGCUCAUUGACUCAAAGUCGGGUGGAGUCGGUACACCGUAUUAUAUAGAUCCGACCUCGUCGAAUGGGAUUUCUCAAAUGGAAACUGCGCUCGAUGUUCGUUUUUCAAUAGUGAACUUGCUGAUAUUAGUUCAAAAAAGUUUUUGGAAGUUUCGAUCAGGUUGAAGUCUUGUUCAUAUAGUCUGCUCAGAUUUUGAAUGUCAAGUAGAAUGACGUCAUUCGAAAAACACUCUGUGGAUGGCUCGCUCUCUGAUUGGUUUAUCGAACCAUUAGGGGCGGAGCUUGAGCGACGACUUGACAUUUAAAAUCUGAACAGACUAUAGCUAGCCAUUGAUUUCAAAUGGAUUAUAUUUUCUGAACUUUGAAAUUUUCCUCUUGAAAAGUCACGCGAUUAUGUCCAAUUUUUCAAAUUUAUUGAUCAGAACCCAAAAAACUUGAAAAUUUUGAACUUUACUUUACUGAUUUUUUUUUUCUAAAUUUUGAUAGUGGAUUACUCUUUCGAGAUUGUUUAUCUAAUUUUGCACCAAAUGUUUUUUUCCAGAUAAGUUUAUGCCAGAAAAGGGUGUAUAACUUAUCUCCCCUCUCCUUUUUUUAGCGAAAAAUUCAUGAUUUCUUAAUUUUCAGGUCGGAAUCGAAGAUUUCGGAGACGCAGAUUUCAUAAUUGAUCGAGGAAACGGGGUUAUUGAAAGAGAUGAAAUUCUAUUGGACGAUGAAACGGAGGUUCCAGACCCUAAUUUAGAGGUUUUGUUGGUAAACUGUUACACAAUAAAAUGUCGGGUUUUCGAACUUUCAGUUUGUUCCAAAAUGAUCCAAAAACACGUAAUUUUUGUGCAAUUUCAAGUAAGGUUUUGAAAACUCAAUGGAGCUAUAUGAAAAUCAUUUUUAAUCAUCAAAAAUUUCAAAGUUUAAGAAGAGAAAAGUGCCUUGGAUUUUUAUCGAUAAGAUUUUUCAGGGGCCAGAAAUGAAAAAAUCCCGGCUAGGCGUUGAUUAUGAGUCCUUGCCUGGAAAUAUUGAUGCAAUCGACGAAUAA